CGGGCCCUCAGACGUCCGCGGUCCGGGCGAGCCGUGCUCCUCGUCCUCCUCCUCCUCCCCGAUUUCCAGCGCCGGUCCUUCCCCGGCCGGGGAGGGAGGCGAGAUUGAUCUUCGAUCGCGAAGAUGGCUGCUGGCUGCCUGCUGGCCUUGACUCUGACACUUUUCCAAUCUUUGCUGAUCGGCCCCUCGUUGGAGGAGCCGUUCCCUUCGGCCGUCACCAUCAAGUCAUGGGUGGAUAAGAUGCAGGAAGACCUUGUCACCCUGGCAAAAACAGCAAGUGGAGUCAAUCAGCUUGUCGAUAUUUAUGAGAAGUACCAAGAUUUGUAUACCGUGGAACCAAAUAAUGCACGCCAGCUGGUGGAAAUUGCAGCCAGGGAUAUUGAGAAACUUCUGAGCAACAGAUCCAAAGCCCUGGUGCGCCUGGCUUUGGAAGCAGAGAAAGUUCAAGCAGCCCACCAGUGGAGGGAGGAUUUUGCAAGCAAUGAAGUUGUCUACUACAAUGCAAAGGAUGAUCUUGAUCCGGAAAAGAAUGAUAGUGAACCAGGCAGCCAGAGGAUAAAACCUGUUUUUAUCGAGGAUGCUAAUUUUGGGCGACAAAUAUCCUAUCAGCACGCAGCAGUCCAUAUUCCCACUGACAUCUAUGAGGGCUCAACUAUUGUGUUAAAUGAACUCAACUGGACAAGUGCCUUAGAUGAAGUUUUCAAGAAAAAUCGAGAGGAAGAUCCUUCAUUGUUGUGGCAGGUGUUUGGCAGUGCCACGGGCCUGGCCCGAUAUUAUCCGGCUUCUCCAUGGGUUGAUAACAGUAGAACUCCAAACAAGAUUGACCUUUAUGAUGUACGCAGGAGACCAUGGUACAUCCAAGGAGCUGCAUCUCCUAAAGACAUGCUUAUUCUGGUUGAUGUGAGUGGGAGUGUUAGUGGAUUGACACUUAAGCUGAUCCGAACAUCUGUCUCCGAAAUGUUGGAAACCCUCUCAGAUGACGAUUUUGUAAACGUAGCCUCAUUUAACAGCAAUGCCCAGGACGUAAGCUGUUUUCAGCACCUUGUCCAAGCAAAUGUAAGAAAUAAGAAAGUGCUGAAAGAUGCAGUGAAUAAUAUCACAGCGAAAGGAAUCACAGAUUAUAAGAAGGGAUUUAGUUUUGCUUUUGAACAGCUGCUUAAUUAUAACGUCUCUAGAGCCAACUGCAAUAAGAUCAUCAUGUUGUUUACGGAUGGAGGAGAAGAGAGAGCGCAGGAGAUAUUUACCAAAUACAACAAAGACAAGAAAGUACGUGUAUUCACAUUUUCAGUUGGUCAACAUAAUUAUGACAGAGGACCUAUUCAGUGGAUGGCCUGUGAAAAUAAAGGUUAUUAUUAUGAAAUUCCUUCCAUUGGAGCAAUAAGAAUCAAUACUCAGGAAUAUUUGGAUGUUCUGGGAAGACCAAUGGUUUUAGCAGGAGACAAAGCUAAGCAAGUCCAGUGGACAAAUGUAUACCUGGAUGCACUGGAACUGGGACUUGUCAUUACUGGAACUCUUCCGGUCUUCAACAUAACCGGCCAAAAUGAAAAUAAGACAAACUUAAAGAACCAGCUGAUUCUUGGUGUGAUGGGAGUUGAUGUGUCUUUAGAAGAUAUUAAAAGACUAACUCCACGUUUUACACUGUGCCCCAAUGGCUAUUAUUUUGCAAUUGAUCCUAAUGGUUAUGUUUUAUUACAUCCAAAUCUUCAGCCAAAGCCUAUUGGUGUAGGUAUACCAACCAUUAAUUUAAGAAAAAGGAGACCCAAUGUUCAGAACCCCAAAUCUCAGGAGCCAGUAACUUUGGAUUUCCUUGAUGCAGAAUUAGAGAAUGAUAUUAAAGUGGAGAUUCGAAAUAAAAUGAUAGAUGGAGAAAGCGGAGAAAAAACAUUCAGAACUCUGGUUAAAUCUCAAGAUGAGAGAUAUAUUGACAAAGGAAACAGGACAUAUACAUGGACUCCUGUCAACGGCACAGAUUACAGUUUGGCCUUGGUAUUACCAACCUACAGUUUUUACUAUAUAAAAGCCAAAAUAGAAGAGACAAUAACUCAGGCCAGAUAUUCAGAAACACUGAAGCCGGAUAAUUUUGAAGAAUCUGGCUAUACGUUCAUAGCACCAAGAGAUUAUUGCAAUGAUCUUAAAAUAUCAGAUAAUAACACCGAAUUUCUUUUAAAUUUUAAUGAGUUUAUUGAUAGAAAAACUCCGAACAACCCAUCAUGCAACACGGACUUGAUUAAUAGAGUCUUGCUGGAUGCAGGCUUUACAAAUGAACUUGUCCAAAAUUACUGGAGUAAGCAGAAAAACAUCAAGGGAGUGAAAGCACGGUUUGUUGUGACUGAUGGUGGAAUUACCAGAGUUUAUCCCAAAGAGGCUGGAGAAAAUUGGCAAGAAAACCCAGAAACAUAUGAGGACAGCUUCUAUAAAAGAAGUCUAGAUAACGCUAACUAUGUUUUCACUGCUCCCUACUUUAACAAAAGCGGACCUGGUGCUUAUGAAUCGGGCAUUAUGGUAAGCAAAGCUGUAGAAAUAUACAUUCAAGGAAAACUUCUUAAACCUGCAGUUGUUGGAAUUAAAAUUGAUGUAAAUUCCUGGAUAGAGAAUUUCACCAAAACAUCAAUCAGGGAUCCGUGUGCUGGUCCCGUUUGUGACUGUAAAAGAAACAGUGAUGUAAUGGAUUGUGUGAUUCUAGAUGAUGGCGGGUUUCUUUUGAUGGCUAAUCACGAUGAUUACACUAACCAGAUUGGAAGAUUUUUUGGAGAGAUUGAUCCAAGUUUGAUGAGACACCUGGUUAAUAUCUCGGUUUAUGCUUAUAACAAAUCUUAUGAUUAUCAGUCAGUGUGUGAGCCCGGAGCUGCACCAAAACAAGGAGCAGGGCAUCGCUCAGCAUACGUGCCAUCAGUAGCAGACAUAUUACACAUUGGCUGGUGGGCCACUGCUGCUGCAUGGUCUAUCCUACAGCAGUUUCUCUUGAGUUUGAGCUUUCCACGACUUCUUGAGGCAGUUGAGAUGGAGGAUGACGACCUCACGGCCUCUCUGUCAAAGCAGAGUUGCAUCACUGAGCAAACCCAGUAUUUCUUCGAUAACGACAGUAAAUCAUUCAGCGGCGUGUUAGACUGUGGAAACUGUUCCAGAAUCUUCCAUGUAGAAAAACUUAUGAACACCAACUUAAUAUUCAUAAUGGUUGAGAGCAAAGGGACUUGUCCCUGUGACACGCGAUUGCUCAUACAAGCAGAACAGACUUCUGACGGUCCAGAUCCUUGCGAUAUGGUGAAGCAACCCAGAUACCGGAAAGGGCCUGACGUCUGCUUUGAUAACAAUGCCUUGGAGGAUUAUACCGAUUGUGGUGGCGUUUCUGGAUUAAAUCCCUCCCUGUGGUCCAUCAUCGGAAUCCAGUGUGUACUACUUUGGCUUUUAUCUGGCAGCAGACACUACCAGUUAUGACCUUCUAAAACCAAAUCUGCAUAUUAAACUCCAGACCCUGCCAAAACAUGAGCCCUCAGUUGCAUUAAAAGAGGGUCAACUGCGGAAUCAGCAGACCACUCGCUGGGCCCGUCCCAUGGCAUGCAUCUAAGACGCAGACUCAUAAGGCGCCCACUGGCUGCAUGUCAGGGUGUCAGAUCCUUAAAUUUGUGUGAAUGCUGCAUCAUCUAUGUAUAACAUCAAAGCAAAACUCUAUACAUGCUCUAUUGGAAAAUUCGAGAAUUUGUUGUUGCAUUGUUGGUGAUUAUAUGUAAAAGGGCUCCCCAUACAGUUGUUUGUGGAUCAUACCAAUUGUCUUGAUUUUGACCUGGAAUUUUGACUUGCUGCAAUCCUUGUUCUUUUACCAAGAAAAUCUCUAGGGGAAAAGAAAGAGUUAUUUUUUUCCUUCACGUAUUCUUCUCUUUAUUUCCUGCUUUGAGUAGUUAUUAUUGAAAAUAUACAUAGAGAGAGGGGGAGGGAGGAAGAGAAUUAAUGUUGGUGUAACCUGUCAAAAUAGAAAUAAUGGCUUAUUUUCUACAAAAAAAUUUGCCAUGAAUAAAAUGCCUUAUGAAGAAUGGCUUCUCUGCCAGAAAUAUAACACAAAUGAUGACCAAGUUUUGGUGGGGUGAUAAAUUGGUUGUUUGAAAAUAAUAACUAAGAAAUUAAACUAAAGGUGCUUGAGGGUAGAAUUAAUAUGCGACAUAUUUCCUCAUAAAUGUGAGCCCUUAAUGAAAGCUUCGAUGUAAUGUUCUUUUUGUUCACAGUAAAGUUCUGUAGUGCUAGCCAGAUAUUUCAAAAUGCUCUAAGAAAAGCUUGUUGGGGGGAGGGGAAAUGUUUUUUCUUGUGAUAAAUGAACUUUGGUUACCAAGGGUAUUUUGCAUGAUGCUGCUGCUAUUUUAACUUCUGGAUUGUUUUUCUCUUACUGUAGAGUAUAGUCCAUUGAAAAGUUAACUGAGUGACAUUAUUGUUAUGUAAGAAUCUGAACCUUGCAGUGUAAUGCACUUAAGUCAUCUUUUAAAAUGUCGUUAAACUACUCUGAAUAUACUGUGCAAUGUAAAUGCUGAAUGAUUGGAUUAGGUAAGUGGUGAAAUGAGAAUUCAUGGAUUUUAUACUGAUUCGUGCUUUGGCCUGAAAACCUAUGUACAGAUAUUUUAAGUACAUAAAUCAGAUUUGACACAUUUAUUUUUUGAAGAGUACAUAUAUGUUCUCAAUGAAGAUUCAUCCUAGGUUUCCUCUUUGUUCGCUGGAAUAGUAGCAUGUACAAUCCCAAAUUUGCUGCUGCUGCUUGUGUUCCCUCCGUUUUAAGUGGUAUGAUCACUUGACCAAAUUUUCCAUGCAGUUUGAUGAGGGUUUUACAAUACUCUGAACAAACAGGAAACCUUGAAUCUACAUGUAUGCACAUGAAUACUUGAUUGUGAAUAUUCAAAAUUGUUUUUAUACAGCCUCAUUAGUGAAAAUGGUUAAUGUAGUAAAUCAGAUAUUUCAUUAUAGAGUAAUAUGGUAGCAGAAUUUAUUUAUGCUUUUAAAGAUUAUUUUCAGGGGUAAACAGUAUUUGAAGAAAGGGUGGAAAACAAUGAAUGUGUAACUAAUUAUAGGGAAUAAUUCUGCGGAAGGCUGGAAGUAUGCAGAUAUUUUUAAAGGUAAAAUGCAUUUGUUCUUUUUUUUGAACAUGCCAAAUAUUGGUGUGUGUCUAUGCUGGAAAUUUUCUUAUAUACCAUUUUUAAGUAUAAAUCUUAUUAACGUUAUCCAGCAUGCUUUAAUAUGCUUCAUAUAUCAAAGACAUAACCAAUUCUUUAGCAUAGUUUGAAAGAUCUAUUUGUUUUGUUUUUAGCUUU